AUGACAGUGUUCCUCAAGGAGCUCGAGUACGUCAGUGGAAUCGUUCUUCUCACUGCCAACCGUAUCACAUCCUUCGAUCGAGCUGUUGAAUCCCGCAUACACCUUGCAUUGGAGUACGCUUCACCAGGCAUUGCGACUCGUCAGCAACUGUGGUUGCAAACUUUGAAGUCAAUCCCGGCUGAGGACAUCGACAUCGAUCCCGAAGACGCAGUUGACACCUUUGUAAGGGUCAAAAUGAAUGGACGAGAGGUUGUCAACGCAAUUCACACUGCUCGUACGAUUGCACGAUUUGAAAAAAAGACACUCAUGUUUGCUCGUAUCGAGACAGUACUUGGAUUCUGGCGAGAAUUCGACGACAGCCUGAAAAAGACUGCAAAGUUGACCGCGCAAAUCGAGGGAAAAAGUGAACGAUCAUAG